CUAAGCGGACUUCCGAGUUAAAUGCAUCCUUGUAAAUAUCUUUGGUGGCAUCGUAAACUGCGCAACAGUCGCCCAGGGUCUCCUCUCAGCUUGUCGGAAUCUGUCUUCCUCCAUUCCACUCGUCGUUCGCCUGGAGGGGAAUAACGUAACUGAAGCUCGGGCCCUGCUGCAUAAUGGAAAAUCAGAGGACUUCCAACUCUGGACAACGGACAACUUAGAUGAAGCAGCCCAGAUGGCCGUCAGACUGACAAAGAGUCCGGAUGUCGCUUGA